AUGGAAACUUAUUCUAAUUUUGAUACUUCAGGUUUAAACUCCGAUUCUAAUGAAGUUGAUCUUAAUUUUCAAGUUUAUUAUAUACCUAUAAAUGAAUCUCAUUCCCAACAAAGACAAACAACAAAUAGCAAUAGAAAUAAUGGUUCCGCUACAAGUUCAUUAGUGUCAACGAAUUUAACUUCACAAAAUUCUCACUUGAUGGCCACAGUUUCUUCUACUUAUUCAUUAUCAAAUAAUAUGUUAUCUACUCCCGAAGGUUCAGAUAAUAAUGCUGUAUGUCCGGAGUUAAUAAUGUCUCCAUAUAAUAUGUUACCUAACUCUGGUCAUUUGACUAUGGAAGAUACCUUCCAAGAUGAUGAGUUUUAUUUCGAACCAUUGGAAUCACCAGCUUUAGCUGAAUCUUCUGGUGUGCCAUUCUUACACAAUUAUAUUCCUGCUGGCCUUCUAUCCCCUCAAAUCUCACCUACUCUACCUCCAGAUUCAUCCAUGAAUAUCACUUCAAAUUCUCCGGCUAGACGUCAGAGUCACAAAGCAAGAUAUUCUCCUAUAAAGGUUUCUUUGAAUAAUAAUUCCAUGUCACAAAGAAGGAAACCUUCCUUUACAAAUUCUAACAGAAACAAUAACAAUAAUGCGAUCACAAGUAUCAUGACAGGUUCCCCAAAUAAGUUUCCUAGUAAUAACUCGAUUACAAUGUCCUCAUUGUUAGAGUUAACAUCACCUUUGAUGAAUAACAUGGUAGAAACUUCAAUAGCAUCUUCUAUGCAAGAUACUAUGCCAAAUUUGAACCUAGGAAGCAAUUUGGUGUCAGAUGUAAUGAAUACACACUCAUCAACAAAUGUUCUUUCAAAUGAAACGUCACCAUCUUCAUUUUCAGUUAAGAUAGCUCCGAUAACACCAUCUUCAUUAAUGAAAUUGAAGAAGAAACAACCAAAUUCACCAAAAUCGAGUCAGAUCGAUCUAAAAUCUAAUUCACAAAAACAAUUACCUCAAGACCAGCAAAAGAAACAAGAACAAUCUCAACAACUACAAUCCAUUUCAAAAGAUCAGUCUACUUUCAUUGCGCCAACUCCUCCAACUCAAUUGAAUCAAAUUCGUACAAAUAUGAUCGCAACUACGGGAACAGGAAUGUCUCCAAAAAUAACGUCACCGAUUCUAUCAGUCUCUACAUCCGGAGCAUCGGGUAGAAAAUCAAUGCGCUCAAAUCCAAAUGCAUCAUCCCCAUUGGCUCUUGGACCUUCACUUCAUUCAAAGAGUCCUCAUACAUUGAAGCCAACCAUUAGUCCAAAUCUUAAACCCAAGUUACCAGGUGUUUUAGCAGAUGAAGUUGCUGAAAAGUUAGCAAAUAAAUCAAAUUAUAGAAGCAUUCUAGAAGGAACGGCGCAGUCCCUCGGAAUUUCAUAUCCAUCAGAUGUACAUUCGAGUUUAGAAUCUCGACGCACAACACAUAAAGCGGCUGAACAAAAGCGUAGAGAUUCAUUGAAACAGAGUUUUGAUGAAUUGAAAAAAGUUGUACCUUAUUAUUCGCCCGGAAAGCCUGGUAACGGAAAGUCUGGUGAUGGAAAGUCUGACGGAAAGUCUAGCGAUGGGUCUAUUAAAAAUGUUAGCAAAUUAUUCUUACUAAAGAGAGAAAAGGAUGAAGUUAUUCGAAAGUUGAUAGAUGAAUUAGAUGAACUUAAAGGAGUGAAAAGACAGAAAAUAGAUGAAACAGAGAAGAAAAAAAUUGUUGUUGAUGUUGUAGAAGAUAAAAGGAUAAGCAGCAAACCAUUACAUGAAUGA